CAUUCAUUCACGAUCAACACCAUAAUCAUCUCUUCUUCAAUAUAAUUAUUACAAUUCUUCUUCUUUUCUUCUUGUUUUUUUUUUUUGUUUUUUUCAAAUGUUGCGAUAGAAUAAUAAUAUUCAGUUAGAAGUGGACGUUUCCUCGUUUUUCAGCUGUUUGUAUGUAUGCAUUUUCUGACACACUUUGAUAAUGGCGUUUUCAAACUUAAAACACUCACAUGAUCACAUCUUUGUCACUCUGAAAACAGUUGGAUUUGUUUGUUAGAAUGACGAACGGAAGUCCUGGCAGUGGCAGCUUCAAAUCAAACUGAAAAGGAAGGUCAUAAUCACUGAAUUCUCCCCUUUGAUCAGAGUUCUUCGCAGAUGAUGUAGGUGCACGUGCCCCUUUACUCCAGGAAAUAUGUUGUGCAUGCUUGGCUUCUUCGCCUCCAUACGCCAUCGAUCAGCUUGAAGUUGAGUUGUGUGUGAAAAACAAGUCUGUUUUGUGAAAUGGCGACGUACUUCCAUGGCAAUAAUACAGAAAUGCAAGGAAACGGCGACGCUUUACAAACCCUUAUUCUCAUGAACCCCGCCUACAACGGAUACUCCGACAACCUUCCUCCGCCGCCCUCCUCCGCCAACUUCAUAUUCCUCAACUCCAGCUCCUCCGCAAACGCCGCCUCUCAGAUUCAGCAUCUCGCCGGCAUCCCUCUCCAAGCCUCGCCGCUGCACCAAGACGCACGCUUCCUCUACAGCAGCGCCGCGCGUGAGGUUACACGAUCUAAGCAGGGACUCUCCUUGAGCCUCUCCUCGCAGCAGCCAUCUCAGCCGGAGGAAGUUAGGGUUUCCGGGGCUCCGGAGAAGGCGGCGCUGAGUUGUAAGUAUUUGAAGGUGGCGCAGCAGCUCCUUGAUGAAGUCGUCAAUAUAAGGAAGGAAGCCAACAACGGUAGAGAAUCAGAUAAUGGACAGCCCAAGACUACUGCAGAACCGCCGCCCGGAGACGGCCGCGCUAAAUGUGGGGCUGACCUCACUACGGCGGAGAAACAAGAAAUUCAGAUGAAGAAAGCCAAGCUUGUUGACCUGCUUCACCAGGUUGAGCAGAGGUACAAGCAAUAUGAUGAGCAAAUGCAGAUGGUGAUAAAGUGGCUGGAAGAAGCAGCGGGCGUGGGAUCCGCCAAAACAUACACAUCUUUGGCAUUGCAAACAAUCUCAAAGCAGUUCCGCUGCCUCAAAGAUGCAAUCAUGCUCCAAAUAAGAGGGGCUACCACCAACUUAGGCGAAAUGAAUAACCACAUCCCACACCCACACCCACACCAGAUUAACAAUAACAAUGCAUGGAGACCUCAGAGAGGCUUGCCGGAGCGCUCUGUUUCUGUUCUUCGCGCUUGGCUCUUCCAACACUUCCUCCACCCUUAUCCCAAGGAUUCGGACAAGGUCAUGCUUGCCAAGCAGGCGGGGCUUACUAGAAGUCAGGUGUCUAACUGGUUCAUCAACGCCCGCGUUCGGCUGUGGAAGCCGAUGGUGGAGGAGAUGUACGCGGAGGAGAUGAAAGCUCAGCAAAGAGACGGAUCAGAAGAAGAAGACAAGACACCCAAAAUUGAAGUCCAAAACACAUCACCAGCUGCCCAGAACAACACACGUGCGAAGAAACCACGAAACGGCGAUGCGUCGUUGUCCCCAUCAAUGAACAUGUCCAAUGCGGAGAUUCCCAUGAAAUUGGACUACGAGAGCCGACAAGGAUUUAGCAUCACGGGGGCGCCUGCAAAUUUCUUCGCAUCGUACGAUCCAAUUGUAGGAAUGGAACAGUUCCAACAACCGUAUUCGAGCAACGGUGUUUCGCUCACGUUAGGCCUCCAACACUGUGAGAACCUCUCCAACCAAAUGGAGGCUGGGACUCAUCAUUUCGGGGGCUUCGAUGCGUCGGCUAUGUAUGAUAACAUCGACGUUCAGAAUAAUAAGAGGUUCGCGGCGCAGUUGUUGCCGGACUUUGUCACUUAAGACAGGUAUAUUGCCAACAAGAUUUCGUUUCUUACUAGGAACAAAGGAGUUGAUGCAUGAUUAGGUUAAUAUUACAUUACAUACGAGGAGAUUAAGAUGCUUAAUUAGCUACAACUCUAGUUGUAUUCAUAACACAUUCCGACAGCUUAAUUUAGUAUAUUUCUUAGAGAUUCGAUUGAGCGUUGUAUAUUGAUUUUGUUGCUAUACAGAUGAUUAAAGUGGGAAACUUAGAUGUAUUAUUGGGUGGUAUAGAAGAAUAAAGAGUGGUUUUAUAUCCA